CGGACACCGGGAGUGUCCAAUUGGCCGGCUACACUGGGCCCUAUGAUCGCCCGCUACCCUUGCCUGGGCGAAUGCAACAGGAACAGAUGAUGUUACCACGGGAUGCAAGACGAGCCGCGGGGCAAUUGGUCUCGAACAAGUCCUUCCUGAUCAGGGCCGCCAUGUUGCUCUUUGUGCGUAUGUAGGUUGUACAGUACUUAAGCGCUGCCUCAAUAAAACCGCUGACAAGCUCGUACAACUCUUUUACAACUCCUGGCUUUUCGUAUUGAAGCGUUCCCUCACAACAACAUCCGAUUCCUCGUGCAUUGAAUUACAUCUCUACACCAGUUUGCUGAACACAACACUAGCAGCAAAAGAACUUGAACUCCGCCAAAGAUACGAGACCCACUCAUCAAGCAGGGCUGGGUCGCUGCUACACCCAAAAUGGAUGACAGGGGUUACGUGGAGGUCGCUGUCGACAAGCAAUGGGCCUCUAAAUACAUCCUUGGUCCGCUCUACGAUCCAGAGCCAAAUCAAGUGUGUGCGACUCGUCUCAAGCCGCUCCCGACUCCGCCGGCUUCGGCACGUUCUGUCCUUGAACACUCCAGUCAGGAGCGCCGCCGAAGGCCGAGUGUUGAUCACGGCGACAACGGGAAGGAGGAACAGCAACCGUUCUUCCGUCGGAUUCUGAGUCGAACCAACAGUCUGAAGAGGAAACCCCUGCCUCCUUCUCCUCCACGCUCCAGCUCAAAAUAUUACCCACCACUAUCCGGACUGGAACGGAAGAGGUCGAUCUACACCGCCAACCCCCCACCGACGCGCUGGAACCAGGGCACCAUCCUCUCCAGGGCCAACAGCACAUCCUCCUCCACCAGGCCCGGCACAGGCGGGAUGGCGGCAACAUCAGACCGGGACAGACCCCGCCGCCGUGCCGGCUCCCUUGCGGAGCGCUAUCCCGGCGAUAUGUCUCACAGGCCCCUCGAGAUGUUGACUCAAGAACACAUGGCACGAGAGCGGGGAGACGCCGACACGCCGCCCCGCCGGGCCAGCUCGCUCCGAGAGCGCUACCCGGGCGACAUGUCCCACCGGCCGCUGGCCAUUCUCACUCGGGAACACCGCGCGGCAGACCGCGCUCCCCAUCUGCACAACCGCCGCCGCCAGCAGCCCAGCGACACCAUCGACUCCCUGGACUCGACCGGGCCGGUCCCGGGCGUGACGUAUCACCACGACGGGCCCUUCGACGCCACGCUGAAGGAGCGCAACCUCAACAAGAAGUACGCCCCCAUCGAUGCUGUGCGGGACACCAACGCCGAGGCUCUGAAGGCAACCCCGCGUGAGUUUGUGCAGGACUCGCUGGUGAAGCAUGUCCCGCUGCAGGGGACGGCCGUGGUGCCGCCGGGGAUGCAGGACUUUGGCGGGCGGACGAUGGAGUACGAGGAAGGCGCCGACCUGAUGCGUGAGGAGGAUGCGCCCGGCGGGGCAUACAAGCGGUGGGACCACGUUCGCUACCGAGAUGGUGAUCUCAAAGGCAAAGGAGAGCCUGGGUGGUCCGUCGACCAAGCACGCCGAGACGAGCGGGCCCGCGGGAAACAGCAUGCGGCCUCCUCCUCGUCCCGCGGUGGGACGAUCCACUACUAUGAGAUGCAGCCUUCGUCUACCUUCCCUUCCACCUCCUCCCAUGGUCGUAGGGGAGGCGGCGGCGGCGAGUACAAAGAAGAAGGGACCCGUGUCCGCCAGCGGAGUGUUAGCAAUGGCGCCCAGCUGCAGCCAGAAGCGGAUGAUGAUGGUAUUGCCGGCUCCUCGGGGUUGCAGAGGAGUAAUACCACGGGGAAGAAGCUUGCUCAGGGUUUAAAGAGGCGAUUUGGGAGUUUGAGGAAAAAGAGGCUUUCUGACGAGGCGGGAGCUUGAAGUAUCUUCUGGUGCCCGGAGGUGAAUGUUUUAGAGACUCCUUGUAUUGUAUAGGUACACAGCAGGCGACGGGUGUUCUUUUGAUUUAGUGGGCUAUCUAUUUUGUUUUACCCUUUCUGACAUCAUGUGCUGCGAGUCUCGAGAUGGUGAAAGUGACAGAGGUGGAGUAUCAGUCCUGGCAAUAUCGUGAGCUUGUCUAUACCUUACCUGCUUCUAUGCGUAGCUUACCCAUCUCGAUCUCAAUGUGUAUAUUCCCUGUUUCGGUGUGUACCUUACCUGGCCUGCUUAUACGCAUGCACGUUACUUAC